UUAGGCGUGGGGGGUGGGUAGGGCGAGUCAUAUGACCCGCUGGGCUUCCUGGCUCCGGCCGUCGCAGCCGCCUGCCUGUGUCUGCCGGAGUCGCGCCUGGGGGCCCGCCGAAGAGCCGUUGGCGGGUUCGGGGCCGAUACCCGCUCGUGGGAAGCCGUGUCCGCUGUCGUCCGCGCCCGUCCACGCUCUCUGUCGGCCGCCGCCAUGCUGGCGCUCAUCUCCCGCCUGCUGGACUGGUUCCGCUCGCUCUUCUGGAAGGAGGAGAUGGAACUGACGCUCGUGGGGCUGCAGUACUCCGGCAAGACCACCUUCGUCAAUGUCAUCGCGUCUGGUCAAUUCAGUGAAGAUAUGAUACCCACAGUGGGCUUCAACAUGAGGAAAGUAACUAAAGGUAACGUCACAAUAAAGAUCUGGGACAUAGGAGGACAGCCCCGGUUCCGGAGCAUGUGGGAGCGGUAUUGCAGAGGCGUCAAUGCAAUUGUUUACAUGAUAGAUGCUGCAGAUCGAGAGAAGAUAGAAGCCUCUCGAAAUGAACUGCACAAUCUUCUAGAUAAACCACAGUUACAAGGAAUUCCAGUACUAGUACUUGGAAACAAGAGAGAUCUUCCAAAUGCCUUGGAUGAGAAACAGCUAAUUGAAAAAAUGAACCUGUCUGCUAUUCAGGAUAGAGAAAUUUGCUGCUAUUCAAUUUCUUGCAAAGAAAAGGAUAAUAUAGAUAUCACACUUCAGUGGCUUAUUCAACACUCAAAAUCCCGGAGAAGCUGAGACGCCUUCUGAGUCUUCCAGUCCUUCUUGGCUAUCAUCCUAGAACUACUGUUGUUCCUCUGAAGUACUUCCCAGAACAUGGUCCUUCCUAAACCCAAGAAAUUGCCUUUUUCAGAGUUUAUUUCUCAUGUGCACUGCUGAAGAUGUGUAUUCCUAUCCUUCAUAGCAAAUCAGCUGGAGUUGUCAUGAUAAAAGUCAGCACACACUAAUAGGCUUCAUACACAUGUCUAAUGUAUUGAGGCCUCUUUCCUUUCUAUUUAAAACAUUCACAUUUUUGACCAUCUUAAUUAAGAAAAUUGCAUAUUAUCAUUCUGGUCUUUCUGGGCCAGAUUUUUGUAUUGGUUUUCAGUAAAUGUCUACCUAUUUCAUUACAGAGUCCAGUAGCUUCUGCUGGUAAUGACUUGAUGCAGCAUGGAAUUCCUAGUGUCACACACAGUAUUUAGAAAAACUUUAAGCCUGACGUAUGUGGGAUACGGACAUACUGUUUAUCCCAUCUCACACAUGCAUGUGAAAUGUAGACUUAACACUGUAGGAAUAAUUGGUCUGCCAAGAGUUAACAGACGUACCAGGUCAGAACAGUGGGUUCCUUACACUGGAGAUUUCCUACCUGGUGAAUUUUAAAAACAUCCUGCUUUCUGAAACUCCUUUGUCACCAGAUACUGUUUGGGGAGAUGGGAGGAGUUACAGCAUGCUCUUUUGUAUCUGUCCAGAUCAUUAGUUUUUUCCCCCUUUUAACACACUUUUUUAAAGGGUUGGGAAUUGAAGAUUUUUUUUUCAAAAGCUUUCAUGAAUUUAGAGCAUUCCAGCUAAUGUAAUAAAACCCUUUAAGAAUGUCUAAUUUCAUAUGAAUACAUGUCUCUUCUUUGUCUCCAGUCACCCACCCCGUGCUGUAGCAUGAUACCCUUAACUCCUGACUUUUUAUAUCUAGUCAUGAAGUUGACUUUCAGCACAAAGGAUACUUAUAAACAAAUUCUUAUUUUUUUCUUACCAAUGUAAGGUUUGGCACUCUUUUCACUGGUGCCACUAGACUUAUUGAUUGUGACAACUCUAGACCUGCCUGCUCUAUCUAAUGUAAUCAUGCGCAACGUCUACAGGUUGUUUAAUGAUCGGCCACACAGAGAACGGAGGAACCAAUGCUGUUUAUUGUUUGCUUCUAUGAUAGUACAAAAACUUACAAUGAACAUAUUUUGUAGCUUAGUGAUCUCCACGUACAUAAAGGGACAUAUUAAUACUGGUUGACUUGUAAAUUGUUACUCAUGCCGAUGUAGUAGAUAAACCUCAUAGUCCACCUGCGUAUGUGUUGCUCACACUGUGUGUGAUUUGUCUCUUCUGUUAAGCAGCACUAUGUAACAGUACAUAUUCAGAUGUGUUGAGCACUCCAAGUGUAAUCAAUAGGAAGUUCUUUUACUGAGUACCGUUUUAAUUUAUAGACUGCCACGGCCUUAAGAACAUUCUGUACAGAUAGCUGCACUGUGUUGCACAGACACUACUUCUUUUCUCCAUUCACAUUCUUGAUGAGGAGAAUCUGGGCUUUAAAGUUCUCUUCUUAUUCAUGGAGGCAUGUUCACUCUUCCUCAAUGGGAUGGGUGGUUUGAAUAAAGGGAUAUUUAAACUUUGCUCCUGUAGCCCAACAUGACUAAUGGUCACUGUGAACCAUUUCAAAGAAUGUGGCAACUUGCUUGUGCCUAAGAGGAGGGAUUGGAACCAGAGUGUUAACUAAGCGGGGACUGCAUAGGUUUUUGUUAAUUGACCUAUAGAAACCUUAAUUUGUUUAUGUGUUUUUCCAUUGCUUUCCAGCAUUUCAGGACAUCUAAAAGCUACUACCAACAUUUUCCUGUGCAUAACCUCUGCAUGUGAAAACCUAACAGUUACUGAACUUUGUAAAUACGUAAUAUUUUUUAUUUAGGUGUGGAUGCAUUUUUUGUCUGUUUACUGCUCCUCUCAGCUUUAUUCAAUAAACUUGCAUUUUGAGGGUC